UACAACGAGGAUUUUUACAAAUUAACAGUAAAGUUUCACCGAAAAGCGAAAAGAAAGCCUACAAAGCACUGCGGAACGCUCAGACAACAAGUCUCUAUAUGGAGGAUGGUUUGAAACCAAAAUACCCCAUCUUUGGUACCCCACUCGAUCAAUUGGAGCUAAAUCGUACAACAUGUCCGAAUGUACCACGUUUUGUUGUCGAUUCGAUAGAGUAUAUUGAGCGGAAUGAUCGUAUUGUACAGGAUGGCCUAUACAGGGCAUGUGGCAAUAAAUACAUUAUCGAUGAAUUGAAACAAAAACUGAGUAAAUCAUAUAUUUACGAUCCGAAACUAAUAGCAGCCGAUGAUAUACACACUGUUACAAGUUUACUUAAACAAUUCUUUCGUGAUUUGCCACAACCGCUAAUACCGCAAGAGACAUACAAUUGUCUGGCCCGUGAUCUGCUCAAAUCGUCCGAUAGCCAUGAGACAUUCCGAAUAGCAAUAAAUGAGAUGCCCGAACCGAAUAAAUCCACGCUGGCAUAUCUAAUAAAGCAUUUAACAAAUGUUGCCGCUUGCAGCGGAUCAAAUCGCAUGACUGCUUCCAAUUUGGCCAUUGUUUGGGGACCAUCACUCUUUACAUUGAAUGAGGCGAAUACCUAUGAUAUUGGACGGAUGAAUACCAUAGCUAAAAUGUUAAUAGAAAACUUUGAUCGAAUUUUCUACACAAAUGAACGUUUGCUUUAGGCUAAACUAAAAAUUAUUGUUAUUAUUAUCAUGAUUAUUAAUAUUGUAAAUGUAAUUAUUAACAAAUU